AUGGCUGGGGACAGGCUGCCCGCCCGCCUCCUGGCCGCCGCCUGCCUCGCCUUGAGCUUGGCCCCGGGGGCGGCGGGACCGCGGGACACCCCCGGCCUCUCGCGGCUGCAGAGGAGGAGCCUGGCGAUGGACUUCGUCGUGCCCUCGCUGUUUCGCACCUACGUGCGGGAGCUGGUGCUGGGGCCGCCGGGGCGCGCCGCGGCGCGGUGCCGCCUGCGCCUGGACUGCGCGCCCCUGCUCCGCGCCGCCCGCGGGCCUCCGCGGCGGCGGCGGCUGCGGCGCGCCAAGCAGCUGGUGCUGGAGGUGGGCGAGGGCACCGUGCGGGACGGCUGCGCCGGCGAGCCGCCGCCGGGCUCCGGCGGGGCGCACCUGGAGUUCAACCUCACCGAGCUCUUCGCCUGGUGGCUCCGCGCCGGCGACGGGCGGCUGCGGGUGCGGCUGAUGCCCGAGCGCCGCGGCGCCCUCCCGGGCAGCGAGCGAGGGCUGUCGGCGGCCAUCCGCGCCGCCCGCCCCCGCCUCCUCUUCUACGUCUCCGCGGCAGGUCCGAGCCCUUUGGAUCACACAGCAAGGAGUCCUUCUCUUCCUCCUGGCUACUCUGCUUGGAACUUGACCUGGGUCAUGAGAGAUACAUCCCCUUUCUUCUCCCACAGAGGACGACACAUAUUUGACUGCAACUUUGAAUCUCCUUGUGAGCUGGAAUAUUCCUUUACCUCAAAAUAUCAGGAAACCCCCAACAAUGCCUGGGUCAGACUGAAUGCAGAGGAAGUCUCACAGCUAAACCUGCCAGAUGGGCCGGACAGAGAUCACUCUGAGAGCACACCCAAAGGUUCUUUCCUAUUUCUCAAUGCAUCAGAGAGGCCGAGCCCCACCAUCCUGAGCCCUUGGCUGAGGAGCAACAGUGAUCAAUGUGUAGUUCAAGUGGCUGUGUACAAGUUUUACCAGCAGAGUGGAGAAUACAUUGCUCGUGUCCAUCCCAUUGAUGAGAACAGCAGUGAAACCCUGUCAGAGGAGAGUCCAGAGAAACACGGAUGGGUGUUGCUUCAAAGGAGAGUUGGACACCUGGAGAAACCAUUUCGGAUCUCACUGGAAUAUGUUCCUAAUGGGAACAAGAGCAUGGCAGCCGUGGAUUCCUUCGCCAUGAAGAACUGCAGUUCAGGAUCUGCCUCUCUCUCAAAAAUGGCUCUGGAGGGUUCCUUCAGCUGCUGGAAUGGAACAGCGAUCAGGCUGGGGCAGGCAUGUGACUUCAUCCAGGACUGUGCUGAGGGAGAAGAUGAGGGAGAUAUGUGCAGAAAGCUUCCCUCUGGCUUUUACUGCUCAUUCGAAGAAGGGGAUUGUGGCUGGACGCCAGGCUCCUCUGCGUCCCAUCAUUCUCCAUGGCGGAUUGGAAGCCCGGAGCACAAGCGCUUCCCUUCCAUAGAAGGUUGUGCACUCCUCCUUAACACCAGCAAGGCACCAGCAGUAGCAAAGACUGUCAUGACCAGCACAACAUUUCCAGCUCCUUUGAGGAACUCCCCCUGCGAGUUACGAAUGUCGUGGCUCAUCCACGGUGUCCUGCUGGGAAACGUAUCCCUGGUGCUGAUGGACAACAAGACAGGAAGGGAGCAGAGCUGGACGUUCUGGCAUUCCGAGAACAGCGAAGGGUUGGGAGUGUGGCAGUGGAUGAUCUUACCUCUCCCAGAGAUACUGGAUAGGUUUUGGUUUCAGAUCACCGCUUCAUGGGAAGAAGGCUCUGAUGCCAUUAUUGCUUUUGACAAUGUCUCCCUUAGUCUGGACUGUUAUUUAACAAUCAGUGGAGAGAAGACACCUCGAGGUACCACUCCAGACUCAAUCAAUUUGCUUACCAGUAGAGGUGGCCAGAAGAAGUUUGGAUGGGAACAAAAGCUCCUGGGAAAUCUCCAGCUCAGCAGUGCCCCCUUUUCUGAUCCAGCAGAUCAGUGGUUGUUCACAACCUGUGGUGCCAGUGGACCCUAUGGCCCCACACAGAGCCAGUGCAACGAUGCCUACAGGAACUCCAAGCUCAGAGUGGUGGUGGGAGCUGAAGGGAUUCUCCAAGGCAUUCAGAUCUGGAGAGUACCAGCAACCAACACAUACAGCAUCUCAGGCUAUGGAGCUGCGGGUGGGAAAGGAGGGAAGAACACCAUGGUGCGGUCCCACGGCGUGUCUGUGCUGGGAAUUUUUGACCUGCAGAAGGAUGAUACGCUGUAUAUCUUGGUGGGACAGCAAGGAGAAGAUGCUUGUCCUAGUACAAAUGAUGUUAUCCAGAAAGUCUGCAUUGGAGAGAACAACGUGAUUGAAGAAGAGAUUCGUGUGAACAGAAGUGUCAAUGAAUGGGCAGGAGGAGGUGGUGGUGGGGGUGGUGCCACUUACAUAUUUAAGAUGGAGAACGGAGAACCGGUCCCCUUGAUAAUUGCAGCAGGGGGUGGUGGCAGGGCCUACAGGGCCAAAACGGACACAUUUCACCCAGAAAGACUGGAAAAUGAUUCCUCUAUUCCAGGGUUGAAUGGAAAUUCAGGAGCUGCAGGUGGUGGAGGUGGCUGGAAUGAUAACACUUCCUUCCUGUGGUCAGGAAAAUCCUUGCUGGAAGGUGCUACUGGAGGAAGAUCCUGCCCCCAGGCCAUGAAGAAGUGGGGGUGGGAGACAAGAGGGGGUUUCGGAGGGGGUGGAGGGGGGUGCUCCUCAGGUGGAGGAGGCGGAGGAUAUAUAGGUGGCAAUGCUGCAGUGGACAAUGACCCAGAGAUGGAUGGGGAGGAUGGUGUGUCCUUUAUUAACCCAAUUGGUACUUUAUACACUCCAGCACUUAAAGUGACAGAGGGGCACGGAGAGGUGGAAAUUAGGCUGCACCUUAACUGCAGUCACUGUGAGAUGGACGAGUGCCAUGUUGAUCUUGAGACUCAAAAAGUCAUUUGCUUUUGUGAGCCAGGCACAGAAUUGGCAGAGGAUGGUGUGUCUUGCACAGCUGAGCCAGUGGUUCGUCUCCCUUUCUCCUUGGUCUUGUCUGUAGUGACUUCAGCAUUGGUGGCUGCUUUAAUUUUGGCUUUUUCAGGAAUCAUGAUAGUGUAUCGCCGCAAGCACCAGGAGCUGCAAGCCAUGCAGAUGGAGCUGCAGAGCCCAGAGUACAAACUGAGCAAGCUGCGUACCUCCACCAUCAUGACAGACUACAACCCCAACUACUGCUUUGCAGGGAAAACCACAUCCGUUAGUGACCUUAAAGAGGUGCCUCGAAAAAACAUCUCCCUCAUCCGGGGUUUGGGCCACGGAGCCUUUGGUGAGGUAUAUGAAGGUCAGGUGACAGGGAUCCCCAGCGACCCCACUCCCUUGCAGGUGGCUGUGAAAACAUUGCCAGAAGUGUGUUCAGAGCAAGAUGAGCUCGACUUCCUCAUGGAAGCUCUCAUUAUUAGCAAGUUCAACCACCAGAACAUCGUGCGCUGUAUCGGGGUGAGCUUGCAGGCCCUGCCCCGCUUCAUCCUGCUGGAGCUGAUGGCUGGAGGAGACCUGAAAUCCUUCCUGAGGGAAACACGCCCUAGACCGAAUCAGCCCUCCUCCCUCUCCAUGCUGGACUUGCUCCACGUGGCCCGUGACAUCGCUUGUGGGUGUCAGUACCUGGAGGAGAACCACUUCAUUCACAGGGAUAUUGCUGCCAGGAACUGCCUCCUUACCUGUCGGGGCCCUGGGAGAGUGGCUAAGAUUGGAGACUUUGGAAUGGCCCGGGAUAUAUACAGAGCCAGCUACUAUCGUAAGGGUGGGUGUGCAAUGUUGCCUGUCAAAUGGAUGCCUCCUGAGGCUUUCAUGGAAGGGAUAUUUACAUCAAAAACAGACACAUGGUCCUUUGGUGUAUUGCUGUGGGAGAUAUUCUCUUUGGGAUACAUGCCCUACCCCAGCAAAAGCAACCAGGAGGUUCUGGAGUUUGUCACCAAUGGAGGAAGGAUGGAUCCACCUAAAAACUGCCCUGGCCCUGUCUACCGCAUUAUGACCCAGUGUUGGCAGCACCAGCCUGAAGACCGGCCAAACUUUGCCAUAAUCCUGGAGAGGAUUGAGUACUGCACUCAGGAUCCCGAUGUCAUCAACACUGCCUUGCCGGUAGAAUACGGCCCAUCGGCUGAGGAGGAGGAGAAGGUGGCAAUGCGCCCCGACGAUCCAGAAGGAAUUCCUCCUCUCUUGGUCUCAACACACCAAGACAGAAAGGAUGAUAAGCAAACCCUGCCAUCUCCACCACCCCUGCCGUCAGCCGUCACUGCUGGAAAAUCUCUAGGGAAAGUGGGAGCCUUGGAACAGCCAGCACAGGGGAAGGUGCAGUCAGCCACAGCGGGGGGACACAUCAACAUGGCCUAUGCCCAGUCCAAUCCCCCUUCCGAGCUUCACAAAAGCCGGGGCUCCAGAAACAAGCCCACCAACCUCUGGAAUCCAACCUACGGCUCCUGGUUUGCAGAGAAGCAGGCCAGCAAAAACAGUUCUCUGCUGGAGAAGGAGAGGCCCGAGAGGGAGAAUCUGGGACAGGAAGGAAACUGUACUGUGGGGCCCAACAUUGUGACUGGCAGGCUGCCAGGCUCCUCCCUGCUCUUAGAGCCAUCUUCCCUAACAGCAAGCGUUAAAGAAGUGCCUCUCUUUAGGCUCCGCCACUUCCCCUGUGGGAAUGUCAACUACGGAUACCAGCAGCAGGGCUUACCCUUGGAAAGCUCCACACCACCUUGCGCUAGCAGUUACGAGGACCCUGUCCUUAGAAACAAGAGCCACAUAACCCAGCAGGGACCCUGA